CCUGGCUCUCGUGCCUCUCGGGGCGGCUCAAGGUGAGGCUUCGGGGUUCCUCGGAAGACGUCGCCUCGUCUCUCACGGGUAGAGGGACAUGUGGGCGAGGGCUUCACACGCAGGCGCGCCCGCAAACAGACUGGCGCACACUGUACCACCUAUGCGAUAAGGGGCUUCACAGCACGUAUUAGCGCGGGGCCUCUGAACAUUUCCGUUUUGCUCGAGAACGGCGUUCAACUGUUCAUCUACGGAGCAGGCUUCAGCGAGCUUGUGAUCAGGAAGGAAAAAGAAUGGCAUGACAUCUUUACGAAAAGCAAUGGGUCUAUGCACUGUGUUAUGUCCCCUACGUUAUGGGAAGGAGAGAAAUGCAGCAAAUAUCACUAUUGGCUGACCCUCAGGAGCAAUGCCACGACCCUGUGGAAGCUCGGAUGCUCUGCUGGUUAUGAGAGGUGCAGCAAUCUCCUGGAGAAGGUGAUCCUGGGACUCGACGCCCUUCCGGCCACCUUCCACUGGAGGCCCCAGGAUACGUCCUUAGGGCUGUGGAUACAAGGGAAAGGAUUCGAGAAGAAUUUCAGCGUCACGAACACCUGGCACGACCUCAGCGUCAGCCCUGAUGGUGACGAAAGCCUAUGUAGAGUGCACAGCCAGAGCCUCAAAUUCAGUGUCCCUUGCUACCACAACGCGACGGAGCGAGACUACCUGAGAUUUGGCGAGAAAGGAAUCGGACAGAGUCUUUUCGCGUUGGACUGUGUGAAGAACUCCGUCUUUGGCGACUGGGAAGUGCCAGUCAUCCUCCUCUCUCUCGGAAUCCUCCUUCUGCUCCUCCUGGUGUUCCUCCUUCGCGUUCGGAAGGGCAGGAGGGCGAGGAAGGGCGUCUUCCCCCCCGAGAAGGAUCAGCGGUACACCUCCCUCCCCUUCCGCAGUCCCCCGACGCCCCAGGACGCCAAGGGGGGUCUUCGUGACCUCCUCGACCCCCAGAGAGGUCAGGUGGACGACCCCGAGGAGGACGAAGAACACGUGUACUGCUACAUGGACAUGGAGGUGUUGAGGAGGCAGUUGGGGAGGGACAGGCAGGCGGCGGAACAGGAACAACAGGAGGACCUAGGGGCGGUUAGCUUGUCCAGCCACGACUCCAUCAAUUCCUUGUACUAUGAGUUGAAGGCCAUCGAGAAAAUGCGUGGGAGGGGUGGUAGAGGAGAGAAGGAGUAUGAGGAAGAGGAUAGUUAUGAGGAGGUAGACAGGGGUGAGGAAAAGAAGGACGGAGAUGAAGAGGUGGACAGUGAGGAGAAGAGAACAAGGGGUGAGGAAGAGGAGGACGAAGGAGAUGAAGUAAACAGUGAUGAGAAGAGAGACAGGAGUGAAGAGGAGGACAGAGGAAGUGGACAGUGAUAGUGAAGAAAGGAUAAGUACUAAGAGCAGUGACGAUAAAGGAAAACAAAA